AUGAACGCUCAUGGUAAUGAUAUUUUGGAGGAGCUUGAUGAGCUAGAAGUACACCUAACGAAUGAAGGUAGAAUAUCUUUGGGAAAACUCCGGAGUCUACAAGAUGAAUUUAGACUUGUAGAACAAGAACACAUGGCAGAAAUGCGAAAAUUACGUGCCAAAUAUGAAAUUCAAUAUAAUAUGAUAUAUGAACGCAGGAAACAGGUUCUAGUGCAAGGUGAUGCUGAAGAAGGAGGAACUCCAGGCUUACCUCAAUUUUGGGUAAUUGCAAUGAAGAAUAGUAGAAUGCUAGGCUCUGCUAUUGAACUAUAUGAUAUACCUAUUCUUUCAUAUCUAGUAGAUAUUACUUAUGAAUGGACAGAUGAAUUACAAGCAGGCUUUACAUUAAAUUUUACGUUUAAACCAAAUUCAUACUUUGAAGGUACAAGUAUAUCUAAAACAUAUGUAAUGGUUCAGUUAGAUGAAGAUGAACCAUUAUUAAGCAAUACUACAGUAAGCCCAAUAUUAUGGAAACAAGGUAAAGACCCAACUCAGGAAGUUGUAACAAGAAGACAAAGACAUAAACAAACAAAAGAAAUUCGUAUGAUUACUGAAACAAUAACAAGAGAGAGCUUUUUUAAUUUUUUCAAGCCAUUAGAUGUUCCUACCGAUGAUAAGCUUGAAAAAAUGGAUAGAUAUGAUGUAAUGGAACUAGAAGCAGCUAUUGAGACAGACUAUGAAAUGGGAGUAUUUAUUAGAGACAAACUAAUUCCAUAUGCAGUACACUGGUUUACGGGUGAAGCUAUUGAUGAAGAUGAUGAAGCUGAUGAAGAUGAUGAAGGUGAUAUAUUAAAUAUUGAUGAUGAUGAUAAUGAUGAUGACGAUGAUGAUGACGAUGAUGAUAAUAAUAAUGAUGAUAAUGGUGGAAAACACAAAGCUAAAUUCAGGAAAUCAAAUCACAAACAUCUUAGUACUAAAACAGGUGAAGAGUGUAAGAAUCAAUAG